UUACGUUAAUUUAUGCAUAACUAUAUUUUAACAUACAUAGCAUGUGUUGUUAUCAAAGCUUAAAGCUUUGAGCCAACCCUUCUCCAGUAGAGAAGUUAGGCAAAGUACAAGACGCUUCUUUGCUUACUGAAUUUAAAAUGGCUUGCUCACCUACUCAUUUCAUCAUUUGCAAAAAUCUUCUAUAAACUCCCUUAACUAUUUAUGUUGCAUGACCGCUAUAGCCGUAACAAACUACUAUAUUUGAACUGUGAUAAGUUUAGGUGUUUUGUCGCACAAAAUAAUGCUACAAAACAGGUUACCGACUAUAAUUGAACAAUUCAUUUCCCCUACUUAACCAUCGUUUCCCUCAAUCGAUCACAAUCUCAUCCAAAACAGAAACGCACCACUAAAUCAAGAUAUCCCAUUUUCUCUGCCUCUCAUUCCAUGUUCCCGGCAAUUGUCACUCACGGACAAACGACACCCCCCCUCGCAGGAAGCUGAAGAGAAAACAGGAAAAGUUUUGCAAGCAACUCUACAAAAGAUUAAAUCUACUAAAUUUUCCGGAAUGUCAAAACUUGCUCGGCAUUCCCUCGUACCACCGGUUGUACGAGAAAGCAUCAAGUGGCAGCGGCGGCGACGGAACCUCCGGUGGAGGCGCGGACUUUGAUAAUCUCCUCGAGUACGGCAACUGGUUCGCGAGCAGCAGUAAUGGGAGCCUUCUGGAGUGGAACAAUGGCAACGGUUCUGCCAAUGGCAGCUCGCUGGACGGCGGCUUCGUCGUCAAUGGGUCGUUGCUGGGCGGAGGCGAGAUGGACAUGGGGGACGGCAUCGGACCGGUGCUGCCCCCUUUCGAACUGUGGCAGACGGUUCUGAUAGCGAUAUGUCUGGCGAUUUGCAUAAUACUCACCAUAGGUGGCAACAUUCUGGUGCUGUUGGCGUUCAUCGUGGACCGAAGUAUCCGGCAGCCAAGUAACUACUUCAUCGCUUCACUCGCAGCCACCGAUAUGCUGAUAGGAACCGUUUCGAUGCCAUUCUACACGGUGUACGUUCUCAUGGGCUACUGGGAUCUGGGCCCGCUGCUGUGCGAUUUGUGGCUGUCGGUGGAUUACACCGUCUGUUUGGUGUCGCAGUACACGGUGCUUUUGAUAACGAUUGAUCGGUUUUGCUCGGUGAAGAUUGCGGCCAAGUAUCGAAGUUGGCGGACGAAGAACAAGGUCAUCUGGAUGGUGACGAUAACGUGGAUCAUUCCAGCUCUGCUGUUUUUCAUCUCGAUUUUCGGAUGGGAACACUUUGUCGGAUACCGGGAUCUGGCUCCCGGCGAAUGUACGGUGCAGUUUCUGAAGGAUCCUGUUUUCAAUACGGCUUUGAUUAUUGGAUACUACUGGACGACGUUGGUGGUGCUGUUUGUCUUGUAUGGCGGGAUUUACAAAACGGCAUACGACAUGCAGAAGAAAAGCGAAGCCAAGCAGCGGAAGAUGCAAUCAAUGGUUGCUUUGGGGAAUGCGAUGACUGGGUUGACAGGUCAAGCAGCGGGUAUAGGAAUAUCUAAAACGCAAAGUACUUUACUAAGUCAGGAUAAACCAUUGCCACUGCCGACCACUCCAGCCUCGAAUAUGAUGCAUCCUACGACUUUGGCGUUGGCUUCAAACCAAAUGCAGAAAGAGGAGGCAGGUUCGAGCAGGAAAAGCUCAAUGCCCAAGCCGAAAGACGAGAAAGUGGACGAACAGAGGAAGAGUAAGGAGGAGAAAGAAGGUGACAAGAGCGAGCGAUCCAGUAGUCCUGCGUUCGAUUCGGAUGACGAAAGCUCAGCGAAUACUAAACAGCAGCAAGAGGAAGCGCGAGUUGCUAAGAAGCGAACUUCUUUGGCCGGAUUGCUGGUGGGAGCUUCAGCGACUGUUCUGUCGAAUCGGUACAACAAUGGGGCAGUGAAAACAACGACAACUCCUACCAGUGAACAAGCCAAGCCAAAGCGAUCUCCAAGCAAUCCAGCAAAGAACGAAGGACUGCCCAAAAUAACCGAAUCAAGCAUAAUGGACUCUGACAAUACCGAUGGGAAACCUCAGGUCUCCCCACUGAAGCCGACUCCAGUGCAGUCGCCCAUUUCGCCGGUGGACAUCGAACCGGUGGUGGUUUCCAAAUCAGAGCGAGCUCCGGAGAUUUCCCACACAAUCCUGACACCACCUUAUGGUUUUCAAGGAAGCCCACGAACUUCCGAAAGUCCACCGUCCAAGUCAGACAGGCCUCAUAGUAUAAUAAGCCAAGGAGACUCGACCGUCACGUACGACGCCAUGGUCAGCAUGGAUGGUGCCGAUCUCCGAUUUAUGGACGAAAGUUCUGUUGUGGUUCCCUCUCCGCAGUACGAGAGCCCUCCAUCAGCAUUCGCCAUCGUACAACCUCGCUCACCAGCACACUCCGCAGCACAAAGCAUAGCGAACCCCUCGCUUCUCCAGAAAGCGCUCAUCCGAGCAACGGCGCAGUCUCAGCAACCGCCACCAACCGUUCUGUUGCGCACAAUCGACGUAGGUCCUCUCUCCCCAACGAGUCAACAGAACUCGAUACAGCCCAUCAACAAGUUUAGUACAACAGUCACAGUAGUCUCUCAGAACCCGGACAAACCGGUCACCGUGCUGAACAACUCCUACACGAACCACUCAACUGUAGAUCAAGCCUUACCGCAACCCUCGCAGAUGGACAGCCCGAGCCUUAAUUCGAGACUGCAAUCGAACAAUUCUACGCCGGUUUCAAGCACACCUUCAAAUCCAAAACCUUCAAUGUCCUUGGCAGUGGUUGACCAAUCCACGGCAGCCACGUCGACAACGACCAGCAGCAGUACGGCAGCUCCAGCGGUGACUUCGCCACCACCUCAAACCAACGCUCUACCCAGCACCACAACCGUGCAAACGCAAGUUUCUUCCUCCACCACAAACAACACUCCCAGCGGAGCAACGAUCACCAUUAAUCCCUGCCUGGAACGGCAGACCUCCAGCAAGCGGGACUUUAUCCGCUCGAUUGGAAAAAGACUGAAAGGCAACAAAAAGUCCGGAACGCUCGGAGUCGGCCGGCAAAAGUCCAAAUCGGAGAACCGAGCCCGCAAAGCGUUCCGGACGAUAUCGUUCAUACUGGGAGCGUUCGUAGCCUGCUGGACUCCGUACCACGUGCUGGCACUGGUCGUCGGAUUCUGCCGGAACCCACCCUGCAUCAACGAGCACCUGUUCAUGUUUUCGUACUUUCUGUGCUACGCCAACAGCCCGAUGAACCCCUUCUGCUACGCGCUUGCCAACCAGCAGUUCAAGAAGACUUUCAUGCGGAUUUUGAGGGGUGAUCUGCACAUGACUUAAGAAGGAGAAGGAUGAGAACAAGGCUACAUGGUGGUUUGAGUGGGGAGUUGACUUCAAUUCCGGUUCUGAUGAAGUUUUGUGCGUUUCAAGGCUGAAUUUGGUUGAAUGAUUGUAAUCUAGGAAUCUGUACGUUUCGAGAACUUGUCUACGAUAAACCAUUAGGGUCGAUGUACCAAUAGCCGCAUAGCUAAGAACAAAAAUUCGUAUAAAAUCGAAAAAAAAGCU